AUGCCUCCCCCGGCUACGAAGCUCUUCGGCAAUGUAUUCCAUUUCGAGAGUAAAUCCCUCACAAGCUCCGCAAAGCAUUGGACAAUUAACCAAGUAUGGCCCCGACUUGUCCAAGAGAGGAUCGGGAGCGUAGGAUUCCGCGGAGGUCGAGAUUGGGCUGCCGGAAUUUGCGAUGAGGGCAAACCACCACACUGCAAGAGAUGUAGUUCACUCGGGGUAUUAUGCAACUUUAUGUCUAAUAUUCUCGACCUACACCCCAUCGCCGCUACCACAAGGAGGCUAUUGGUGGUUCGAGGAAAAGCAGAGAUUCAACCCCCUAUCAAAAGUGCUGUCUCGACGUCUGAUAAAUCCACGUCCUAUCAAUUGAACGCAAAGUGUCAAGAUUUCAUCACCCCAGAUGACCCUGAUAUGUAUGUUAAUCGCAAGCUCCUGAGACUAGCCUUCGCCAUAAGUAUUAUUAUAUAA